AUGACUGAACUAAAAAGCUUGUCUUCCGGUCAAUCCCAGCUCAUUAGCGAUGUACAAAUCCUAAAAAGCCAGCUCUCUACCACUGAUAAAGCCAUUUCUGAACUUGGCAAGAGAAUCGACAGUCUAGAAUCCCACUACAGUAGUGUCGAUACACUCCGAUCCGAUCUUGACGCCAUGGCCACCGCCACCUCCCAGACAGCUACCCAGGUCUCUGUACUGGAGGCUCGACUGGACGACGCGGAGAAUCGUUCCAGACGAAACAACUUGUUGUUUUACGGCCUAGCGGACGACAAGCCAUCCGAAACGUAUGCGCAGUCUGAGGAGCGUAUUACUGGUUUUUGUAGGGACCACCUAAAAAUAACUGUCGAAUCCAAGGAUGUCGAGCGUGCCCACCGUCUUGGCCGCCACUCGCAAGGCCGGUGUCGGCCUAUUAUAGUGCAGUUUACAUCCUUCAAAACCAAGGAAGCCGUCCUUGCUAAGGGCCCCCAUCUUAAACAUACAAAUUUUAGCAUCGGGGAGGAUUUCUCGCAUCGUGUCCGGAACGCACGGAAGCACCUACUGGCUUUUGCUAAAGUAAAAUCGGGUCCCUUCCUUUUACGGUAUAAGACCCUUUCUAUAGGAUCCAAACGAUACGUAUUUAACGAGGCAACUGAAAAUGUAGAAGAAAGCUCGUAG